AUGACGAAAGAUACAAACGUCACAAUGCUCAAGCAGCCCACCAGGCGGGCAUGGUGGAAGGAGAGCGCCGUCUACCAGGUCUACCCUGCGUCGUUCAAGUCCGACCGCGCCAUCGUAUCCCACGACCGCAACGGCCACCCCGAAAUCAAAGGCGACAUCCGCGGCGUUAUCUCCAAGGUGCCCUACCUCUCCCGCUUGGGCGUCGACAUCGUCUGGCUUUCACCCAUCCUCAAGUCGCCGCAAGUCGACAUGGGCUACGACAUUUCUGACUACCUGGACAUCGACCCCCUGUACGGCACCAUGGCGGACCACGACGACCUCAUCCACGCCCUGCACUCCCACGGGAUGAAGUACGUUAUGGACCUCGUGGUGAACCACACGUCGAAUGAACACGAAUGGUUCCGGGAUUCACGGUCAUCCAAGACGUCGUCCAAAAGGGACUGGUAUUUCUGGCGCCCCCCGCGCUACUCGGAGUCGGGCGAACGCAUGCCUCCCAAUAACUGGGAGUCAGCGUUCUCCGGGUCUGCCUGGGAGUGGGACGAGACAACGCAAGAGUACUAUCUCCAUCUAUUCGCGGCGGAACAGCCGGAUCUGAACUGGGACAAUCCCAAGGUGCGCGACGCCGUGCACAAGACGGUCCGUUUCUGGCUUGACCGCGGCGUCGACGGGUUCCGCAUGGACGUGAUCAACUUCAUCAGCAAAGCCACCGGCUUGCCGGACGCGAAAGUCGUUAAGCCUGGUUUUACGCAGCCAGCCAUCAAACAUUACGCCUGCGGUCCGCAUUUGCACGAAUACCUUCAGGGUCUCGGGUCGAUAUUGCAUGAGUACAGCGCGUUCAGCGUGGGCGAGAUGCCGGGCGUGUCCGAUACCAAGGAGAUCAUCAAGGCGGUGCGCCACGACCGCGGGGAGCUCGCCAUGGUGUUUCAGUUCGAUAUCGUAGAGAUGGACAUUGCGCGUGAUAAGGGAUCGAAAUGGUUCCCGGCCCCGUUUGACCCGCGCGAGCUGAAGAGAGUGACGAGCAAGUGGAACAGGUUCAUGAUCGAGCACCAGGGUUGGAGCGCGCUGUUUAUGGAGAACCACGACCAGGGAAGGGCCGUGUCGCGGUACGCGGACGACAGCGAGGAGCACAGGGCGCACAGUGCCAAGAUGCUCGGGGCGAUGAUGGCCCUCCAAUGCGGCACGGUGUUUGUGUACCAGGGCCAGGAACUCGGGCAGGUCAACUUCCCCAAAGAGUGGGGGUGCGAAGAGUACAAGGACAUCGAGGUGGUGAAUCACUGGAAGACGGUGUUGCGUGACCACCCCAACGAUCACAAACUGCACGAAAUGUUCAAGGAACAGUAUCGCCGGAUUGGGCGCGACAACGCCCGCACGCCGAUGCAGUGGAACGGCAACGAAGAGACGUACGCUGGCUUCUUGCCCGAUGACCCAGAGCGGCGGCCCAAGGACGUGAAACCCUGGAUGAGGGUCCAUGACGAUUUCAAACAGUGGAACGCAGAGAACCAGCUGGACGACGACAACAGUCCGCUUCAUUACUGGAGGCGCGUGCUCGAGCUGCGGAAGCAGUACAAGCACUGUUUGGUCUAUGGGGAUUUCGAAAUGGUGGACAUGGAGCACAAGCAUGUCGUGGCGUACAUCAGAACCGACAGAGAUACUCAGACUGAAGAGUGUAUGGAUGACGAGACUCGACCGGACAAGAGCAAGUGUUUAGUCUUGAGCAACUUCUCGGGCCACGACGUUUGGUGGACGAUGCCCGUUCGGUUCACAGAAAUGCUCGUCGAUGAGGAGACGGAAGGGGGAAAACUGAAAUCAGAUGCUGUUCUCGAUCAUUUGCGGAAUUAUAACAGCAAGAACGACAAGGAGAACGAAGUCAGGAAGCAGGACGACACUAAUCCACAUGGGCACUGGGCCAUACUUUUGCGACCUUGGGAAGUCAUUGUCGCCAUGAUUUGA